GCAUGGAAAAAGCGUUGUGUUCAGGAAAAGAUUAAAACGUUUAGGGGUGUAUGUUGUCCUAUUCCACGUAUGUCACAGUCUCAUCCCAUCGAAGAAGAGGCCGCCCGUCAAGAUUACAUUGAUAAUGUUUUUAUUGAAGUGAGGCCAGGUCAUCCACAAUACACGGCGGAAGAGGAAAGACUUGAAGAUUAUGGUCGAUGUUCAAAGUGUAACGAAAUAAGAACAGGCAUUGAUAAAUACAAAUGGUGCAAAUCAUGCAACGCCACUCAUUUUCGACAAGGCUUUUCGACAUGGACGUCGGGCUAUGCGGAGAUUGAUUACUUCAUUCAAAACGCUCAAAUUCAUGCAUGCUACCAUAAAUUAGUAUUGGAAUGGUAUCCAUGGGAAAAGUUUUCGGAUAUUGAAAAAAUAGGAGAAGGUGGCUAUGGAACCGUUUUUCGUGCUAAAAAUAACAUGGGAAGAAUCCUUGAAUGGGAUCAGCAAAACAACAAAUGGCUUCGUUUUGAAAUUGAUGAAUAUGUCGCAUUGAAAACAAUUGGACAUUCCGAAUCACCGUCAAAGGAAUUUCUUAAUGAGGCAAAGAGACUGCAACGAUGGGAUUAUCAAUCACAUAACUACACUGCAUUUUAUGGAUUCACCAAAAAUGAAACCACUGGCCAAUAUCUUCUUGUUCUGAGGUAUUUUGAAGGGGACUUGCGCAAACAAUUGCAACGUCAAUCGAUCACCUGGGAAGAAAAAUUAGAAAUGAUCCAUGCUAUUUCUCGUGAUAUGAAAGAUAUCCAUCAAACAAGAAUGAUCCAUAGGGACCUUCAUCCGGGGAACGUAUUAUAUUCUGGACAUUGUCAAAUUGGAGACUUAGGACUUUCUGUUUUGGAAUCAGAAGCUGAUGAAAUUAAGGAUAUUAUGGGAGUGAUGCCUUAUGUGGCGCCGGAAAUAUUGUGUGGUCGUAGUUCAUACUCCCAGGGAACGGACGUUUAUGCCUUCGGUAUCAUUAUGUGGGAAAUAAGUUCACAAAAAAAACCUUAUCAUCAAUUUAAGCAUGACAUAAAUCUGGCACUACAAAUAUGUAAAGGGCUUCGCCCAGAAAUUACUAACGACACUCCACCAUUUUAUCAAGAUUUGAUAGAGAAAUGUUGGCACACUGAUCUCACGAAACGACCAACCGCUAAAGAAAUAUACAAUUUGACUCACAUGUGGCAUAAAAACCCCACACUAACGAUUCGAGAUCAGAUCAACAAAGCAAAUGAGAUUCGUCAACAAAAUAUAGGAAAAAAAGAGGAAACACAAACACAUCCUGGGGCUUUUUACACGAGUCGAUUAUUGACGAAUAUAACAAAUGAACUGGCCUCGAUGAUAUCGAAAUUCCCUGAUGAUGCAUUUGACUGGUUGAUCGAUGAUAAAUAA